GCACCGAUAACAACCGAACCAAACAUAAUCCAUCUCAUAAAACUGUCACUGUCGAUUAUUGAUCUGGUGGUCUUAGCGGUUUCCGGUGAAGAUGAGUGGCUAACAGAACCGGACAUUUUGUUAUUGCUUGGUCAAUCUGGUUGGUGGAACCAAAUCAAUUGGGGUGUUCCAGUUCCAGAGAUGUUCAUGUAGGGCUGAAGUGGUCAGCAUGAGCAUGUCACACCACCUGGCUGAUGACUAUGAAGAAAAGCUUUCAGGAGAAGAAAGCAAGGAUGGAAUUCGGAUGCAGAUUGAUAUGCAGGAUCAUUCAGAAAAUGCCUCUCUUUUGCCUGCAGUCCACCCAGAUGAAGAAAAAGGAGUGGCCAGGGAAGUAAAUUUUACUUGUGAUACAAUUACAGAACCCAAUGACAAUCAGGUUCCAUUGCUGAAUCACAUACCGAGCGAGACACAGAUGGAGAUUCUUCUAUAUCGACAAAAGAUGACCAAAUCAUCCCUUGUGAUCAUCGUCAUUAGCUUUUUUGCAUUGUCGAGAGUUUGGUUCUAUCAUGACAACCAUCCUCUCUCAAACCAAUCACAAAUCUUAUGGGAUGUGGCAGUAGGGAGUAGUAUUAUUGGCUUCAUUUCUGCAGUUAGCAGUAUCUUGAUGUUUAGACAUACUACAGAGAUUGCCCUUCUGAUCUUGAACACCAUUGCAUAUGGUGGAGCAGCUUUUGCUUUCAUAGCAUCAAUGAGGAUGUUCUCAUCGCCUACCGGACUCGAUUUGUUCUUUUUUUUCCUCGCGUUCGCAGUUUGCUUGCCUGUAUUAACUGCAGGAUUCUGCUAGUAACUGUUUUUCCUUUUCAUGUAUUUGAUAACAGUAAGAGCUGUGUACAAAUAAUUGUCCAUGCACUAGUAGGGAUGUUACUAAAAUUUAAAUAGGAGUGCUUCUCUUUAAAUUUUA